AGAGAGACGACUCGGGACGACGACUGGCAUGGACCAGACAAACAGACUGGCACUGGCAUCGCGAGAGUCGCCAGGAGUCACCCACGGUGACCCAUGAUCAUUCACAGUCCAUCGACGGCGAGCGUUCGCGUUGGUUCCCUAGCGCAACUCGUUGACAGACCGCUCGGUCGCACCUCGCAAGAUUCUUCCGAGUGAUUCCGUAGCCGUACUUCCGACAUCGGGGAACACGAUUGUUUUGCUUUAUCGAUUAAUAAUCACCGCUCGCCAAUUCUGCGAUAUCGCAGGUGCAGGAGAAGUGUUGGAGUGCGUCGGAGUGUCAAAGUGGUGUAAUUGCAAAAGUGGCGCGUCGACGGGAUAUCCAACAAGGAGCUGAAGUGUACAGGGACAGUUUUGCGAAAUAAUUUCGAUCAGAGUGAAAAUUUCAAUUAACAGUCAUUGCAAUUUUAUUUUUUUCGAAAAAUUUAAUGAAAUGACACAGCGACGCGAGAAGAUUGCGUUGCGCUUCUAUUGUGGAUAAAUAAAGAUGUGCGAAACAAUUAGAAGAACGUUAAACAGCAAAGAGUAGUCAAUAAAAUUGAGUAAAAUUGAUGAUUUGUGAUUAAAGUAAGAAACACUUUCGGAAAAGCGUUAAGGUGCUGUACGAACGGCAAAAACGCGCAGCGCGUCAACAAGAAGAAAGACGCGAUGCACUGCAAAUUUUCGAAUCCCUCGACCGAAAUCGCCCGAUCCCGACGCAUUAGACCGUUGUCCCUUCCGAGAUUUUCAUGGUACCUACGGACAAAACUGCGGAACGAAUCGCAACACGAGGUCACCAAGCCGCUGAGGACACCCGAGGACGAAGAGCGCUGAUCGUAGUUGCGCGCGCGCGCGCACGCGAUGCUUAUUCCUUACAGCGAAACCGCAACACGCGCAAUCGCCGUGCCGGCCGUCGUCGAUCCAGAUCACCGUUCACCAGAAUCCACAUCGAUCGAGAUCCACCGUUAUUCAAGAAUCUCGACUUGUCUCGACUGUGAUCUGUUAAUCGGAUCGUUAAGUUCCUAGAUUUUAGACUGCGAGAUUCUUGGACGCCCAGCCGUUGAACUCGAGCGCUUUAAAUUCGGUGAUCUUGCAAUCGUUUGCUCCAGUCACUCGGUGAUAUUUUGAAAGUUUUAGAACUCGUACGCUGUCGUUAAAAAUUAUAGACAUACGCAUCUUAAUGCGAGAAAAUAAUUGUAAGAUUGUGAAAAAAGGGAAAGGCGUAGAGUUUCUCUUCUGUUGCAAAUAAAUGAGUGGGAGAAAGUGAAGUGAAGAGAGGAAGAAAAAAAAAUUACAAGACAAAUUUACAAGAGGAAACGGAGAGAAGUCAAAGAAGUCGAUGAUUAGAACGAGAUAGCUCGUAAAAAGAAAAGGAGAAAGACUGAUAAGACAGCGAAUAAACAAAAAGGAAAAGCGAUUAAGAAACGUUGGCUUUCCUCCGAUAUCGUGUUCAAAUGGUCGCGUUCAAAAUGACUCUUUCCAUCCUCUUGAUCUUCCUGGAAAUCAUCGGCGAACUCACGAGUAGCGCCGAAAGAUUGAGCGGACUCUAUGUGGACAACGGCUUCGACCAGACAGUGGUCCACCGCGUGAUCAGCCAGUAUGAGAAGCGCGAGGUGGAGCACGAGAUCCUGAACCUGCUGGGACUUCCGGAUCGGCCGCGAAAUAGCAUCAACAGGCCAUCGCAGGUGAAGAGGUCGGCGCCCAAGUUCCUACUGGACAUUUACAAGAAUGCCCUCGGCGAGAACGAGGAGGAGAAAUCCGCCAAGCAUCAUCGCCAGACUGGCGAAUUCGAUCUUAGCAGGCAGGAUCUAAGAGCGAUCGAUCAGAGCGAUGCCAUCAUGACCUUUGCAGCACACAAUCAUCACGUCCCUGGGGUUAGACAUGAACGUGGGAAGAGGCUUUGGUUCGACGUGUCCGAAGUACCACCUCAGGAGCACAUAAUCGGCGCCGAGCUCAGGCUGUACCACAGCACAGACCUGAAGAAUCGAAAAAAUCGCGGAUCCUACAUGAUCACGGCGUAUCGAGUGUUGAAGACUGACGACGGCAUUCGAGAAUUGCAGUACGUUGAUGCCAUAAAUGUCACAACCAGCAAGGAGGGCUGGCUAACAUUAAACGUCAGCGAGGCCCUUCAUCACUGGGUGAAUAAUCCCGAUGGAAAUCGAGGAUUGUAUCUCUCUGUACAUCCCGCUGAUCGUUCGGUGCACGAAAUGAAGCCGGAGGACGUUGGGAUCGUGGGAUUUCGAGGUGAUCUCGAUAAACAACCGUUCAUGGUAGGUUUUUUCAAAAGCUCAGGUAUAAGGGAAUCCAAAGUGCGACAGAAACGCGACGCCAGGAGAAAGAAAAAAAGCGAAUCCAUCAAUUGGAAUUACCAGAACAAUCCUUAUAUUGACGCAGCUGCGCCGUAUCAGUAUCACUCGCGAACUUGCAAGAUCCAAACGCUGUACGUCAGCUUCCGUGAUUUAAAGUGGCAGGAUUGGAUUAUCGCGCCAGACGGAUACGAUGCGUAUUACUGCAGCGGAGAAUGUAAUUUCCCGCUGAACGCUCACAUGAAUGCGACGAACCACGCAAUAGUCCAGACACUAGUGCACUUGUUGAGUCCGGGCAAGGUGCCCAAGCCCUGUUGCGCGCCCACCAAGUUGUCGCCCAUUUCCGUGCUGUAUUUCCUAGACGAGAGCAAUGUCAUUCUCAAAAAAUACAAGAAUAUGGUUGUCAAGAGCUGCGGUUGCCAUUAAAUCGUUCUUUCCGUUCAAUCGGGCAAUGACACUCGUCGAUCGCCAGCCAAUUCAGACAAUAAUUAACAAUGAAACAAAUAACGUUUCUGCAUUUCUUUCCUUAUUGGAGCUGGAUUUUUGAAUUACAAACUUUUCGGAAUCUAAAAUUAAUAAUCUAGCAAAUUUUGUUAUGCAAAAUGUAAUCUAGUUACAUGAAAAACGUAAUUGUAACGAAAAAAAAGAUAUUAAAGGAAUCAUGUUAUCGCCUAUCCUCUACAUAAUAUAUAACUAUAAAAAAUUAACGAAUUUUACUGAACAAUAUUAUUUUGUUAUAUGACGUGAAAAAUGAACUUUAUUAUUUUCUUAUAGAUUCGCCUCAACCACUUGUUAUUUAAUCAUUAUGUAUGUGUAAUUUUAUUUCGAUAGCGUAAAGUAUUAUACAUUUAAGGGUUGAUGCGUAGAUUAAUUGAAUUAGUUGGACGAACUUUUGAAAAAUUAAGACAGAUCAAAUAGUGACUCAAGCAAUAAAAUCUUUAGCGUGCUUUCAAACUAAUAAUUCCCUAUUCCCUUUUCUUCGAGAUGCAUUAUAGAGAAUACGUAAUCAUGAAUAUCAUAUCAGAGUUAAAAUUCAGUUAUAUUGUAUCGCUGAUAGCGCGCUGUUUUGCAGUUUUCUUCAUUGAACAUAAUUAUGAAUUUAUAAACUUUAGAUUUUAACAAAUUUAACAAUUUUUGCGAAUAAGAAAAAAGUAACGGUUUUUUUUUUUUUUUUUUUUUUUGCAAAAAAGCUUGUUUUACAAAUCGACUUAAUUCGUAAAGCAUCAGUACGUUCUCGACUGUAUCAACAAUUACCAAAUAGUUAUCGUAUUUGUAGCGUAAACUGAGUGCAUAGAGUGAGUGUGUAAACAGAGGCAUAAAUGAUUAAUAAUUAAAUUCUUGUUAGCAUACAUUAGUCACAUAAUACAUGUAUAGAAGCGAACAAUAUUAUGCGUUUAUGUUAAUUCGUAAGUUUUAUAUCGUCAUUGUAAAUAUAACUUUGUAUAUACUUUCUACUACAUAUUUUAUGCAUGAAUACAAAUAAAUUGGAAAUAUUUACUGUCAGAUAAAGUUUUUCCAUUAAUUUCGAAAUAUUCGAUGAAUAAUCUUGAUCGUUGUACAACGAGAACGAAUAAAAACGUACAAACACAGGAAUAAAAUUCAAAAUUAAAAAAAAUUUUUUAAUAAGAUAAAAGUGAAAAAU